GGUUUUUUCUGACACCUCGGAGACAAGACCCGACCGUAAGUAGCCUAAGACUGUUGAGGGGAAUCAGAGCUGAUAAAAUAAUAAAUGUCUGAUCUGCCAUGAAAUCCGAAAAAGAGCAGCAAAGGAAAGAUACGCUCGUCUGGAUGAGAGACCCCCGCUGGGCGAAGACACGCAGCGUAUGUUAGCUGAGCCGUGAAAGCUCGCUGCCAUUGACUGGAGCUGAUGGGAGCAAAACGAUGAAAAACCGAGCGCAGGAGAGAGAGAGAGCAUCCUCAGGCUAGACAUCGCAUCACUGGUCAUUUUAAGAUGUGGGCUGCAAGAAGAAUAAGGCCUGUUCGGUGGGUGAAACGUUCAGGGAUUAAUCACAGAUCACGAUGAUCAUCAGCGAAUCAGUGUUGAUAAUCUCCAGCUUUGCAGGUUCCUCAUGGAUGAGUCUGCUGGACUGUUUUCACAUGUUAUGGAUGAUAUGCAUGUUUGCAUUUAAAAAUAAUGUUAGAUGCAUGUUGAAUUUUGCACAUGAGAUUCACUGAAUAAGGAGCACCCAUAUCUUAUUGUUCUGUCAUCCUGAAAAGCAACAACAUCUGAGCUUGUUUUCUCUCCUGUCAUAGCUACCGUUGAUCAAGAUGAGAUUAAACUGACUUCAUGUCAACACAGCUGGAUGUGAGGUCACACAUGCACUCACUGGCACUGGUUUCGGACGAACAAUGCCGAGCUCUCAGGUGCAAGGUAUGGGCAGAAAUUUCAGUGAUGUUCCCUGGGAGUCUGGCCUCACUGGCUCCAGUCAGGACUCAGUCUGGUCCUCCACUGCUAACAGCGUGGUAAAGAUCGUGCUCAUAUCUCUGAUCGUGUGUGUGUCCUUGUUUGGAAAUGUGGUAGUUCUCCUGGUGUUCCAGAGAAAGCCUCAGCUUCUUCAUGUGGCCAACCGCUUUGUUCUCAACCUCCUCUUGGCAGAUCUACUCCAGACCAUAUUAGUCAUGCCCUUUGCCAUCGCAGCCACUGUGCCAGGUGUGUGGCCUCUAGAUGCCCGACUAUGCCAGGCUUUGGUGGUGCUCAUGCACCUUUUUGCAUUUGCUGGUGUCAAUACCAUUAUAGUUGUUUCUGUGGACCGCUACCUGGCCAUCAUCCACCCUCUGUCCUAUCCCACCCGCAUGACCCCUCACCUGGGCACCAACCUAAUCAUCUGCACCUGGGUGCUCAGCUUCCUUCAGAGCACACCUCCCCUCUAUGGCUGGGGGGCCAUUGACUUUGACCACCAUCACAAGGUGUGCUCAGUGGUAUGGUCCUCGAGCCUGUCCUACUCUGCGGUGGUGUCCACCUUUUCUUUCUGGCUGCCAGUGUUUGUCAUGCUCGUAUGUUAUUGGAUGGUGUUCAGAGCAGCUCGGAGGCAGAAUGCACUUGUGCACCCCAUACAGACACAGGCCUACUCCCAGCCCUGCCCACAGGACUUCCAGGCACCUGGCAGCCCACAGCGACAGCCACAGCCCCAGCUCCAGCUCCAGCAGGCAAGUUCACCCGAUGGCCCCUACUCGGCCAGGGGGUACCCUGUUCGAGUUAGGCAUCGACGUUUCCACUACCACUGCAAGGCAGCACGUGUAGUUUUUGUGAUCAUGGCCUCAUAUAUCCUCAGCAUGGGGCCUUACAGCAUACUAAAUACUAUAUCUAUGAGCGCCAGAGCAGCUGUACCCCCCUGGUUGUCCUCUCUUGCCCUUGUGCUCUUCUUUCUGCAGUGCUGUCUACACCCCUACAUUUACGGAUACAUGCACCGUAGUGUGAGAAAGGAAUUUCUUGCUCUGCUUUGUGGGCUGUUCUGCAAACAGAACCGUCCCAGCCAGAGCUCCGCUGUGGAGAGCUGCUUCACCACUACUGAGGGACGCUCCGGUGCUCAUCCUCACCUGCCCAGCCUGGCCGCUCGAGUCUUCCCCCUGCGGACGUGGGAAGAGUGCACCACAUCCUCCUCUCCCACUUUUGAGAGGAAGUCAAGGGACAGCCGUAAAGAGACCACAUCGACCAGCGUCAGCUCUGAGAGGGAGCUCACAGUCCACAGCAAGCAAAGCACAUAAACUGAAACUGCCUUGAGGAUUCACUGGAUAGUUUAAUGGUAUUUGCUCUUACUUCAAGAGCUUCUCAUACAGUAUGCCUUUUUGACAACAGGGUUAUUCAUUCUGAUGCUGCUGGCAUUAGGAAUAGCUGUAUUACCUACUUGAUCAUCUACAUAAUGAUCUUUUUCUAUUUUGUCAUAAGCUUGAUUAAAUGAUUAACUUGACAUUGAAUAUAUCUCUUUGAAAAAUGACAUGGUCAUCCAUUGUUGCAUUAUGAAUGUAAAGUAGAACUGACUGUGUGAAAGAAAUCCUAAACAAUGAAUAUUACUUUGAUUUCACUUUAUCAAAUUUUGUAUGUAAAUGGGUUUUAUAUGUAAAUGCAGUUUUAAGAGUUACCACAUGGGCCAGAUAAGUCCGAAUGUGUGCAGCUGUUGUAUUUUGUCUCUACAAACCAUCUGUACUGUUUUAGAUGUAUGCAAUUAUUGUACUAGCCACUGUUACAUAAAAUGGGCAUUUAAAUCAAUCUCAAUUUUAAAAAGAAAAACUGAAGUAAAACCAGAAACUACAUUUAAUUUGUAUUUUACAUAUUUGCCUGCAGGUCUAUCAUAAAUGCCACUUAUUUUCAGUGUAGGAUUGCUGUGUUAAGAUAGAAUUUGUUAUGCUGGAUUAAAGAUAUUGGUGUUCUGACUACUUUGCUCUAAUUAUGGGCCAUAGAUGUCUCUGAUAAGGUAUUGAUAUGCAGUAUCUGCACAAUACCUUGAUCUCCUUUAAACUUUCUGUGUGUUGUAUUCUGUGUGAUCCUGUCUGAGGGUACAGGAUCUACUGUCAUUGUAUUAGUGCGAGCAAGCUUUGCCUGCAACUAAUGAACUCAGGGUAUGUUUGUGGAAGAAUUUGUAGUGCCCAUUUUUGGACAAAAUCUUGUUGAGCAAGUGAAAAUUACCAUGUCUAUGUGUCACUGUCAUAGUAACUAUUCUUAGUCUCAAAGCGCCUUUUAAAUAAAUGGAUAGUAUAGUGAUAUUGUGCCUGUCUGUACAGAAUACACAAAGGGUUGGUGACAUCCCUUUCCUUGAUGGGAUGGUCACACAUUGAAGUUUGUCUUAGCCUGUUUCCUUUAACUCAAGCUUAACAGAGGUGGAAUUUGUUGCCUCUUAUUUCAGUGUGCUACUGUAUAUUUGGAUUCAGUAUUUGCUGCCUUUGUAAAUUCAGUCUUUCUUUGAGAAAGUACAGUAUUUCUGUUGAAAAAUACUGUCCAUAGAGAGCAGGUUGUGAUAAAAAAAAAAAAAAGAAAAAGAAAAGAUAACUCUAGCGGACUAGCACCAGUUAUUCAAUGUAGGCUUCAUGCCGCAAGAUCUUAUGUAACAAAUUUCUUAUAUUCCACUGAACACAUGUAGGUUUGUAAAGAUACCUCCUGAUACAGUAUUUUCAAUGGAAACUUUGUCUGCUUGAAGCCAAGUAGAGGGUGGGUGUUUAUGCAAGUAUCAUGUGCUUGCCAUGACUCAUCUUAGAGAAAGGCAAUCAACCGAGUUGAUGGGGUGAAUGAAGUGUUGCCAAAGGAUAUCAUAGGUGCGUCACAUCAUUGUGAGCAUUAUCUAAGUGUGUGAAGUCCCUAUUUGUCAAGUUUUUAUAACCUUUUAGGAGAUAGAAGAAAAUGUUUGGGAGAAUGAGCCAGAGUGCUCCUGGUUUAUUAUUAUUAUUAUUAUUAUUGUUGACUGUGGUAUAAGUUUUCUGAGAAACCACUCACAACUGAUCGCACCUGACCAAACUGGUGUGGACUUGAGCCUUGGUUUAUUCAGCUGGUCACUUGUGAGAAAUCCAUGCUACAGUAUUAUAAUUGACAAUCAAACUUGUAUAAUAAGUUUGUCGGUGUUGCUCUGUAAAGGACAAAGGGGUACGGUUCGGUAUGUAAUACAAUUUAUCAUCAAAUAAGAGAAAACUAUGUUUUCAAGUGCUUUAAAACUACAUAUUUUUGUGAUUUCUAUUGUGCUUUUGUAUUAUUUCUGGUUUCAUUAUCCAACAUCAAAAAUGUAUGUUGUUUAAUAAAAGUUAAUUAUAUUUA